AUGACGGCAGUGGUGUUCGGUUGUACAGGAGCAGUGGGCUCUCAGAUCCUCGCUACGCUCCUCGCCACAGACGCAUUCUCAUCCGUCAAGACAGUCUCAAGGAGACUCCCAAAUGCCCAGUCUCCCAAGCUCCAAGCCCUCCAGGAAGGCGACACUUCAAAAUGGGGCGGCAUGAUCUCCUCCCUGUCUCCCAAGCCAACAUCAGUAUUUAACGCAGUUGGUACCACCAGAGCAGCAGCCGGUGGACUCCAGAAUCAAUGGAAAAUUGACCAUGAUUUGUGCAUAGAGAACGCCAAAGCAGCCAAGGAGGCGGGAGUUAAGACGUACGUGUUCAUCUCCAGUGGAGGGACGAGAGGGUUUUUCGCUCGCUAUGUGCCCUACUCGAAGAUGAAGAUUGGCGUGGAGGAUGCCAUCAAGGAGCUCGAUUUCGAGCAUGCGAUUAUCCUAAGGCCAGGGUUGAUACUCGGACGGGAGACGCCCAAAGCUGCGUUCUUGGAGAACAUCGUGGAGAGCCUUAGAAUCCUGGGACAGGGUGUCCAGGACAGGAUAGGUCAGGAUCAAACUACUAUUGGUAGAGCAGCUGUAGCAGCUGCUCGUAUGGCCGAAGAGGGGAAAGCCCCGUCGAAAUAUUGGAUAGUGGAAAUGUCUGAUAUCGUCAAGUUAGGCAGAGAUGAGUGGAAUGAGUAA